AUGCAGCUCGGCAUGGCGCCUCCCUUGGUAGUUAGAUCCUACCCGUAUCGCCGCGGCUGGGAUUAUUUGGCAGAGGCGAUCGAGAGAUUUCCCGACCAUCUGGCCGUCGAAUGUGUGCACCAACCGGCGAGACUCUACGGACUGGGACGGGAGGAGGGAAAACAUGGCCGGUGGAGCUAUCGCGACCUGGACAAUGGCAUCAGCCGUCUGGCUGGCGCCUUCGAGCGGCUCGAUCUGUUGACGAAUUCGCUGAUCUUCGUCCUCCUGGGCAACAGUCUGGAGCAUGUUCUCACCACCUGGACAAGCUAUCGACUGGGAUGCGUCCACGUCUCCAUUCAUCCCAACAGCCUAUCCAACGCAGCGGAGGCGCGCCAUCUUCUAGACACUGUGCGCACACACCGGCCCAGCUGCCGGGCUGCGGUGAUAGUGCAGAACGCAGAGGCUGCACGCCGCGUCGAUGAGAUAUUCCCCGCGCUGGAAUGCGUGAAGAUUGUGGUGGACGAUGAGCCAACUUGUGCCCAACCGCCUGCUUGGGCCUCGUUCAGCACGCUCAUGCAGGAGGAUCUGGCCAAUGUGCAGCCUGCCCGCAUCUUUCCCGUGACGCCAGAGAUCAGUAUCUUCUUCUCCAGUGGCACCACCUCGCUGCCCAAACCCUGCGAAUUUGAGGUGCCCGUCUGGCUCAGUUCCCUGGCCAGCGGAUCGACAUUCGGAGACUUUGCGCCAGGGGACCGGGUGAUGUCCUUGGUGCCAUGCAGCCACUCGUUCGGCUACAUGGCCCAGAUGUUUGCCCUAACCCGGGGCUCGACGCUGGUCUAUCCCUCGUAUCUUACCUUCGACCCGCGCACCACUAUGGAUAUCCUGGGGAGCGAGACGCAUCAAUACCUGAUUAUUGUCUCCGCUCUGAUACAUGCCUUUGUGACGGCCGAUCUGCAUUCGCAGAAGUUGCGUCCGAUCGACACGGUCAUUUUCUCCGGGAUGGCCCUGACAAGUGCGGCAGCUAUAGAGUUCCACGCCAGCGUACGACCCAGCGCCAUUGAGAACGUGUUUGGAAUGACUGAAGGGGGGUUUGUGUCAACGGGUCGGGUAGAAGGCACUCGGAUCCAAGAAAUAUCGCACGAGAGCUUCGUGGCGGCGGGACAGCCGAUGAAAGACACGCAAGUGAAGCUCUGUGCCCCCGGAAGCAAUGAGGAGAUAGGCCCCGGAGUGGCAGGGGAGGUGCACGUCAGUAGUCCUGCGACUGUGCGAGGUUACCUCGGCGUCUCUAGCGAUGCCUUCUAUGUAGACUCGGAUGGAUGCGCCUGGUACCGAACCGGCGACCAGGCCAUACUCAAUCCCAAGGAUGGACUCCUCUACCCCGUGGGCCGCUACAAGGACCUCAUCAUUCGUGGGGGCAAGAAUAUCUCCCCAACGGCGAUCGAGGCGGUGCUGAACCAAGAUGAGGCGUUUCAUCAGCUCACUCCACAGGCCGUGGCUUUGCCCGACCUAGUGGUUGGUGAAGUGCCCGCCAUUGUCCUCAACGCUGACAUCCCACCGAGUGAGGCUCAACGCAUCAGGCAGCGAAUUCUAUCGGAAAUGGGUUCGAUCUAUCUGCCUGAUCUGGUGGUCUCAAUCCAAGCCUUGGGGCUCGAGCAGUAUCCCCGCACAAGCUCGGGAAAGAUCCAGAAGGUAAAGCUGGCCCAGUUGGUGCGCAAGUACCACGAGGAGGAGUUGACCAAGGCCGACGGACUCCUCAGCACCACCAUCGCGACCCCUAGCACCCUUGUGCCGGGAGAUGUCCGGUCGACGAUGCUGCAUCUGUGGGCAGCGGUUCUAGGCAUCACUCAGGAUCAGCUCGAUCUCACGGCCAAGCUGUCGGAACGAGUAGACAGCAUCACGUUGAUGCGGGCGCAUUCGAGGGCAACUAAGCGGACAGGGAAGACGGUUCCUUUCGCCGUCUGGCUCGCUGCUAACAGUAUAGAAGAUCAGAUCGCGGUUCUCGAGGCAGCCGAUUCUAGUCCUGGGAGCAAUUCUACACCAUCAUCUGUGAAUACCUCGACGGUUCGCAGCGGGCCUCCCGAGUUGGAGGACAUGGUGCAUCUCCUUGGCGACGCCAGCCGACUCCCAGCUACUAAGGCUCUCGUUGAACAAAACCUCACUGGCUGUGGAUUGACAUGGCAGGACGUGGAGGACGUCUUCCCGGCCACUGACUUCCAGCACAUCAUGCGCCAGGCGCAUCUGAUCGAAAAUUGGGAGUUUUGGGUUUGUGUCCAUACCGAGGGGUAUACCUCGGCCCAGUUACGCCACGCACUGGAGACCACACUGACUGUGCACCCCAUGCUGCGGUCAUUUGCUGUGCUCGACCCCACCCCGGAGGCCCCAGAGACGCUUUUAGUGACGGUUCGUCACUCGCCCGCAAUCCUGGACCAAUGUAUAGUCGAUUACGGCGAGGUCGAUACAGUAGCGGACGUAGAGCGACUCACCAUCAACUUUCCUGCGGAGCAUCGAGUCGGUACCCCAGGGCCACUGUUUCGUGGGCUGAUUGUGUUUGUCAAGCAGAUUUCGAGCGCCGUUCUCGUGGCUGAUUUCUGCCACUCGAUCAUGGACGCAACUUAUUACGAGCUUUUCGAGGACGAUCUCGAUCUGGCUCUGGGUGGUCUUCCCCUGAAUCAACCCGUACCGUAUAAAGCGUGGACGGAAAGCUACUACCUCCUGCAGGACUCCAAGGCCGGCCAGCCUGCCCUGGAAUACCACCGCUCUCAGGUGAAGUCCCUAGUAGAAGAACCUGUAGCCCUCUGGCCUACGCCAACCGCCUCCCUGUUGUUGGCCUCGGAUCAAAGGGAGCAAGGCCAAUACCAGCUCGAAUUCUCUCUCCCAACGCUCAUCGCGCUGCGGGACCAUCACCCCACGGUGACGACCGCGGUGACUCUCAAAGCCGCCCUAGCCCUCCUGACCACGUUUCACACCAAACACCCACAAGCCCUGGUGUGCAACAUCGAGGCCGCUCGCGGGGGAUUUCCCUUUCUGCCCUCAUCACUUCCGCGCGGAGGACAACUCGAUGGCGCACGCGUGGCUGGCCCUACGCUGACGGGGGUCAUCGAGAAGCUCCGCUUCAACCCCGAAGAGACAGUCCUGCAGCUCCUUUAUCGCUUGCAGGCUCAGCAGCUCCUCAUCACACAGCAUGCCAAUGCUCCGUGGCGGGCCCUGCUCUCCGAGAUGCCCCGUCUGCGCCAAUUGUAUCCCGAGGUGGCCAACCACUUGGUCUUCAACUGGACCGGGACGACAACCUUCAAGGCGGAUGAGAAGAAACGGAUGCACGAGCGUCUCUCCCGGCAAAGGCUCUUCUUCCUGUCCACGACUGGUCUGAUGAUUGACGCGGGUGCCUCGGGCAAGGAUGGGAUCGAUUUCUGCGUUUGGCUUACGGGGGCCGUCGCCAAUGGUUCCUCGCCGUGGGUUCGCGAGAUCGCGCGGGGCUUGCAGACCAUCACAACGUGGCUGGUCGAGCCUGAGAAUUGGGAGCGGCCGGUGGGGUCUUUUGUGGAGUGUUUGCGCCUCACACAGUAAUCUAGACGCACUGUAGACAUCAUAUCGCAGACACUUUUCUCUCUUUCGCCAGACAUGACAAAAUUAUGAG